AUGUCCGAGGCUGUCGUGCGCGCCGAGCGGGAGCUCUAUGCGUACGUGGUGGCACUCCAGAGUGUGCUGCAGGCUGCAACUGAGGAUGCCAUGCCGCAGAGCCUGUGGGACGGUGCCAGAGAGAAAGACGGCGAGCUGGGUGACCCUGCUGUCGAUGGAAGCCAUCACGGCGGAAUGCCGGACACGUUGAUCCAACAGGUAGAGCGUGAAACAGCACUUGAGCGGCGCCGCAUUCACGAGCUUGUGCGUCGGCAGCUGGCACCGCAGCGGGCUGCCCUCCGCGCGGCCAUUGUCCAGCUCGGUGGUGGCCAGGAUGCUUCCGGGAACAUCAUCGAUGUUCCGGUAGCGUUGCUCGAUCAGGAGAUCGCGGCUGUGGCCACCGAAAGCGCGGAGCUGGGCCGACGCAUGGUGGAGCUGUACGACGAGGCGGCGCUGCUCGCCACGCGAAUUGAGGCGGAAGUGAUGAGCAAGUCGGUGCCCCCCCUGUAG